CCUGCAACUUUCGUCAACAAGAAGUUUUAAGUCAUGAGAAAGCGACCCAAUUUAUCAAUAAUACAAAAAGUAGUUGAUAAGUGGCCAGGAAAACGUUUUGGACCGUAUAGAUUUCUACCUAUUUUCUUUGUUCUUGGAGCUGCACUCGAAUUUUCUAUGAUCAACUGGACUGUAGGAAAGACAAACUUCUACGAUACUUUUAAGCGACGUCAAGCUAAAAAUUUGAUUGAAGAGAAGCUUCACACUACACAUUAGAAUGUUUUCAUUACCAGCUGGACUCACUUUAGGGCAAUAUUUGAGAUUUUCGUGUACAGCUUUAUUUACAAUGUUUCUUGGUUCUCAAGUUGUUCAUAACUAUUAUCGUCCUUUAAAUGACUUAAACAAAUAUAUUGAAGCUGAGGUUGAUAAUCUUCCCGAUGACAAGAAAAAGAAAGUUAAAUCAGAACUUCAAAUAUCUUAAAUAUUAUUAGUUAUGUAACAGAGUCUUAAAGUUAAAGCAGAAUCUGAAAAUAUUUAUGUUUUCUUCAGUUUCAAUGCAACCACAAUUAGAUAGAAAAUUUCAAUAACACUCAAAAUUGAUGCUCCGAAAAAAAGUCCAAUGAUUCCACCAAUCUGAACUAUUUGAGGAAUAAAUUGUAAAAAUUAUGAGGAUAUAAAUAAAUUUAAUUAUUUCCUACCAGUUCUA